GGAGAAACAGCACAUUGUCGGGCGGCAUGAUUCAUAUUUGUGUUGAAUUAGGAGUAUCUAGUUUAUUUUCACGCCUGUUAAUUCUCUUAUUUUAACUGAAACAAUAUUGCACACGAUAUACAUUGGGUAAACAUACUAACACACCACCAGUUUCAGAGUUUAUUGCUCAGUUCCUGCAGAAAUGGCUGGAAUUCUGUUUGAGGAUAUCUUUGAUGUAAAGGAUAUUGAUCCAGAUGGGAAAAAGUUUGACAGAGUAUCUCGUCUUCACUGUGAAAGUGAGUCUUUCAAAAUGGACCUCAUUCUUGAUGUUAACAUUCAGAUUUAUCCUGUUGAUCUUGGUGACAAGUUCAGAUUGGUGAUAGCCAGCACAUUGUACGAGGAUGGAACUCCAGAUGAUGGGGAAUACAACCCUCAAGAUGAUAGACCAUCCAGGGCUGAUCAGUUUGAUUAUGUCAUGUAUGGUAAGGUUUAUAGGAUCGAAGGUGAUGAGACCUCAACAGAAGCAGCCACACGCUUAUCCGCAUAUGUGUCUUAUGGAGGCCUGCUGAUGCGACUUCAAGGGGAUGCCAAUAAUUUGCAUGGAUUUGAAGUUGACUCCAGAGUCUAUCUAUUAAUGAAGAAACUUGCUUUCUGAAGAAGCAACAUCUUGCUCUCCACACUUGUGCUGAUUGUUUUCCCUCCUGUGGAACUUUUAGGGACGUUCACUUCGGAGAACUGAGGAAACAUUUGAAAAUAACAUCUUUUAUAAGAAUAGCAUAGCUUUCCUUUAACAAGAGAGUGACAUUGCUGAGAACAUCUGGAAAUGAUCUCAAAAUAUUUGGGAAUAUAUGCUUAAAUUAAGUGUUUAUGUGACUGCUCAAUUGUUGAACUGUUUCUUUCAUUGCUUCCAGUGCCUGUGCACUGUUGACCAAGAAAUGUACAUUAGUUUCUGGAAUCACAUACAUGUAAUGUUACCUCUAUGGAAGUUGAUUUUCUUUUAAACCAUUUCUCAGUAAAUGAGUUUUGUUUGUUUGUUCUAUGGGGUCUAUAGUAAUGAGCUUUUAGAGGCAGUUUUCAGCAUUCUGUAUAGCUGUGACAUAAUAUGUAGAAUGGUGUCCUUCACCGUAAUUGGUCAGAACUGCUGAAAUAUAUUUUUCUGUAUCACUAAUCUGUUGCUCCACUGCUGGGUACUUCUAUUAUGAGGAAGAAGCAAAUAUGUAGAAGUACAUCCCAGCUCAGAUGGAAAUCAAAUUUAAACUGUAUGAAAGCGCCAGUGUGAGGCUCAUAAUGGAAAUCACAAGACAAAAUAAUUAGCAGUGGCACAAGCUUGCGGGACCUUAAUAAAUAGUUGUUAUUAUCAAUGUAUUUGUAUACUGCCACAAAUAAGUACACAACAUCAUUGCCAAUACAGAAUCAUAA